CGCUGCGGAGCCGCCCGGACGCGCCGCUGCCGCCGCUCCCCCUCAGCCGGCAGGGCCGGGCCCGCCAUGGCCCCCGCCUGGAUCGGCCGCCUCUGCCUCCUCCUGCUCUGCCUCUGCGGGGAGGCCGCCGCGGGGAGAGACUUCUACAAGAUCCUGGGGGUGUCCCGCGGCGCCUCCAUCAAGGACAUCAAGAAGGCCUAUCGCAAACUGGCGCUGCAGCUCCAUCCCGACAGGAACCCCGACGACCCCCGGGCGCAGGAGAAGUUCCAGGACCUGGGCGCUGCCUACGAGGUGCUGUCAGACGAGGAGAAGAGGAAGCAGUAUGAUGCCUAUGGAGAGGAGGGCCUGAAGGAUGGGCACCAGAGCUCCCACGGAGACAUCUUCUCCCAUUUCUUUGGGGACUUUGGAUUCAUGUUUGGAGGAAACCCUCGCCAGCAAGACAGGAAUAUUCCCCGAGGAAGUGACAUCAUCGUGGACCUGGAGGUCACACUGGAAGAGGUGUAUUCAGGAAACUUUGUAGAAGUUGUCAGGAACAAGCCAGUGGCAAGACAGGCACCUGGCAAACGGAAAUGCAACUGCAGGCAGGAGAUGAGAACAACCCAGCUGGGGCCUGGGCGCUUCCAGAUGACUCAGGAAGUUGUUUGUGAUGAAUGUCCCAACGUCAAGCUGGUGAAUGAGGAGCGGACGCUGGAAGUGGAGAUAGAGCCAGGGGUGAGGGAUGGCAUGGAGUAUCCCUUCAUUGGGGAAGGUGAGCCCCACGUCGAUGGGGAGCCAGGAGAUUUGCGCUUCCGAAUAAAAGUUCUUAAGCACCCAGUGUUUGAAAGGAGGGGAGAUGACUUGUACACAAAUGUGACAAUCUCGCUGGUCGAGGCACUGACAGGCUUUGAGAUGGAUAUUUCCCACUUGGAUGGGCACAAGGUCCACAUUGUACGGGAUAAAACCACAAAACCUGGCGCCAAGCUGUGGAAGAAGGGAGAAGGUCUUCCAAACUUUGAUAACAACAACAUUAAAGGCUCCCUAAUAAUCACCUUUGACGUGGAGUUCCCCAAGGAGCAGCUGACGCCGGAGCAGCGGGAAGGUCUCAAGCAGCUCUUGAAGCAAGGAUCAGUGCAGAAGGUCUACAAUGGAUUGCAGGGAUAUUGAUGUGUGGAAAAAUUUGACUUCCCUCGAAAUGCAAAAUCAGAUUUGUUUUCCCCUUCCCCUCUGAGUCCAGAGUGUGGUAUUGGUUCAGAGUCUGGUUUUGGGGCAGGAAUACUGGUGCUGUUGGACGUGCACUGGGCUGUGUUAGGCCCCCACGAUUGAUUGGGGAAAGUCUCUCUCAAGGCCUCUGUGGGCUCUCCUAACUACCAAGUCCCAAAAGUCAACGGUCGGUUUGAAAUUUGAAGUUGCACCAGUUUAGCAAAGACUCCUUGGUCAUGGUGGAAUUUGGGAAUAGCUCAUCAUGGCCUUGGCUGUCCCUCAUUGCCCCCACGUGGAACCAGUCUGGAAAAAGCUCCCUCCCCUCCUGCGCUCUGUCCUCCGUGAGGACGGGUGAGGCCGAUGGGAAUAAAGUGUUUGUUGAAGUCGGAAUGGCAAAA